CUGAUAUCCGCCAUUUAAACACGUAAAAAGAAACUUCUUUGCCAAGGCAUUAUUACAGUGCCUGAUGAGAUACAGUUUUGUCAUUGGAAAUUCGUAUCAAAAUGGAUCCCAAUCAUAAUGCCCACAUGCAUGAUAUGCACCGAUGUGAACUUUGUGAGACCGCCAUAGUACACAGCUAUUGUGACUUUUGUCAUGUCAACCUCUGCAAACCCUGUAUUGGUGAACACAUCUCAGAUGGAUAUGACAAACAUAAAAUAGUCCAUUUCCAGCUACGGAAAACGACCUUAAUUUAUCCUAAAUGUGAAGUGCAUCGACAAAAGAGUUGUGAAUUAAAGUGCAAUGAUUGUAGCAUUUUUGUUUGCACUCUUUGUAUGGGCUCUAGGCAACACAAGGGACAUACAAUUUGGGUACUUGACGAUCUUUAUAAAACAAAGAAAGAACACAUGAAAAAGGACGCAGAGGAGUUACAAAACUUGGUUUAUCUUACAUAUAAAGAAAUGGCCAACGAUUUAAAAACGCAGAUGGCCAAUUUGGAUAAAGACUACAAAAAUCUUACAACUGAAAUGUCCAAACAAGGAGAAGAAUGGCAUAAAGAAAUUGACAACAUUAUACGUGCGAUGAAAACUGAAUUAAGUGAGAUUAAAGAAAAACACAAAGACAUUUUACAGAAACAAUUGGAUGAAAUCAAACAGAAACAGUCUCUCAUACUGCAGGCUUUACAAGCUACAAAACAAAUGGAGGAAUCAAAUGAAUUAUCAAUUGCAAUUGAAUACAACUCUAAAAACAGAGAGUUUAGCGAGCCUCCAACUAAGGUUAAGGUAUCGCUGCCAACAUUCAUUCCAAAACCAAUAGACAGAAAGAAGCUGUAUAGUUUAUUUGGGAAGAUCACAUCAUUAUCUACUGCGAUAGAACAAAAUGUUUUGCCGCCAACGAACACAUCCGUUGAAAAGCUACUGAAUCAACCGGAGCUGGAUGUCAAAAUACAGACUUUGCAAUCUAUGUUGAGCAAUGUUGCCUAUGCUGAUGAUGAAAAAAUAUGGACAAGUGGAGAAACAAGAGAAAUCAAUUGCUUCAACAUUAAAGGUUUACUUCUUUUUACAGUCUGGACAAAAUCGGGUGAAUAUCCAAACGACAUAGCUGUAGACAGUAAUGGGGACCUUUUAUUUUCUGAUUGGAGUACAAAGUCAAUUUAUUUAUCGAAGAAUUGGCAAACAGAAGAGUUAAUCAGAUUGCAGGAAUGGACACCUUGUCAGCUGUGUGUCACAUCUACUGGUGAUCUCCUGGUUACUAUGUAUAGUGAUGAUACAUCUCAAUCCAAGGUUGUCCGUUACUCGGGAUCAGCUGAGAAACAAACAAUUCAAUUUGAUGAGGAAGGUAAACCUCUGUACUCAGGUAACAGCAUCAGCAAAUACAUCAGUGAGAACAGAAACCAUGACAUCUGUGUAGCUGACUAUGGGGCUGGUGCAGUAGUGGUGGUUAAUCAGGACGGAAAACUUAGAUGGAGAUACACUGGUCAUCCCUCAACAACCAAGAACGAACACUUUUACCCUUGUGGCAUCACAACAGACAGUCAGAGUUGUAUCCUUACUGCUGAUGGUGAAAACCAUUGUAUCCACAUUCUUGAUCAGAAUGGACAGUUUCUCCGUUACAUUGAUAACUGUGAUCUUAACGAUCCUUGGGGUUUAUCAGUGGAUAAUAAUGACAAUCUAUUUGUGUGUGAAUACGAAAGUGGAAAUCUAAAGAAAAUCAAAUAUUUCAAAUAAAUGUUAUGAAAUUGCAUGCAUGGGAAGGAUAUAGCAUAUAAUAAAAGGAUUGAUCAAUGCAAUAAGAAUGAAUAUUAGAAACAAUAGGAAAAUAUAAAUUUGGAUCAUCUGUACCCAUCGUCUCAACCACGGACUGGAGCCCGCAAAGUUCUCUCCUACACUGUACAGUUUGAACACACACCGAAUGGUUAAGCUGAACGACAUAUUGGCGUCGAGUUUAAAUCUGAUUUUGUUCUAUUGCCUAUAGGCCACGCGCUGUUACUUCAUUAUCCAUGAACUCCAUGAAAAACAUAUUUGCAAUAGCCUCUGUUUGCAUUGAUGAACUGCACCAAUAUUUAGCUGAGUGAUCCGACACUUGUUUACAAACUCUAAACAUUACGCAAUUUAAAAAAAAAAUAAAUGCGUUUAAUUGCAAGAAGUCAACGCAUUUGAUUUGAAAAAAAAAACCGCAUUGAUACAAUGUUCUUGAAGCAGCUUAUUAUGAUAUUGAAUAAAUCUAUAAGUUAACUUAGAUUGAUGACCCUACGUUCUAGUAGGUUGCUCUCAGAUCAAAGCUAUAAUAGAGUUUGCUUAUUCUAGUUAUAUCUAUAAAAUUAUGCUGCUUAGAAAAUUGAUCUAUCAAAAAUAGAGAAAUAAUGCAGGCUAAAAAG